GGCGCCAACACGUCGUUAGAGGCGCCGGACUACAAACUGGAAGGAAGCUCUUAAUGCUCGGAAAGCUGUUUGAAAAACUGGAAAAAAAGAAGUCUUUACUAAACAUUUAGGACGUUCGUUUAACCUGCUGUGAAAGGAUGGGCUGCUGAGACCAGUUCUUCUCUAAAAACUGCAACAAUCAGCGUCAGCAUGUCAGCUGACAGGGAGUUCACCACAGACCCAACCAAUGAAAACAAACUGGUAAGACCGAAGGUAGAGUUCUGUUCUUUGCUGCAACACGCCGGAGCCACCAAAGAUGUUUUCACCAUGAAGGAGGUGAUGUUUUAUCUGGGUCAGUACAUCAUGCAGAAGCAGCUGUACGACCAGAAGCAGCAGCACAUCGUCCACUGCGCUCAGGACGCUCUGGGCCGAGUGCUGGGAGUCGACAGCUUCUCUGUGAAAGAACCGGGGGUUUUGUUCACAAUGAUCACCAGGAACCUGGUGGCUGUGAAGAGCCAAGACUCGAGUGAAGCUCAUCACAGCCAGACGGACACAGGGACGGAGGGAGGAGACGCAGAGAGUCACUCUUCAUCUACAGACCACAGGAGACGAAGGAGGAGGAGGAGGAGCUGCAGGAGCAGCGACCCCGGAACCUCCAACAGAGCAGAAGGAGAGGAUAACGAGGAAGAGUCAGAAGAGGAAGAGUCAGACGACAGCAGGAAGAGGAGGCGGUCUGACAGCUACUCGCUGACGUUUGAUGACAGCCUGUCGUGGUGUGUGAUUGGUGGGUUGGGGAGUGGGCGGGACAGACACAGCAGCCAAUCGUCAGACUCGCACAGUACAUCCGGGAGGUCAGAGGUCACGCUCGCAGCCUCAGACAGCGACAACUUCAGCGUCGAGUUUGAGGUGGAGUCCAUCGAUUCUGACGAUUAUAACGAGGACGAUGCGUCUCUGUCUGCUGACGAUCAGGUAUACGAGGUCACCAUCUUCGAGGCCGAGGAAGACGACUCCUUUGAUGAAGACACGGAGAUCACAGAAGCCGAUUACUGGCGAUGCGCAAAGUGUGACGAGCUGAACCCACCUCUGCCCAGACACUGUCUGCGCUGCUGGACUCUGCGACACGAUUGGCUGCCUGAUGCGUCCAUCGACCCUAAAGCCCUGCCCACAAAGCCAACGGACCUAUCAGCUGCCAAAGAAGCUCCAGGCUCGGAUGUCGAAGACAACGAAGGAGUCGACGUUCCAGAUGGAAAAAGAGCAAAAACUCCUUUAAAUUCCCAGAGUUUGUCUGACUCCUCUGCAGCAAACUCCCAGGAUCUCAUCUACUCCUCCCAGCCUUCCUCCUCAGGCGACUCCCAGGAGUUCCUCUCGUCUUCUCCUUCUCAGUCAGCGUUGCUCCCUGAGUUGGAGCGCAGCGUGUCGGCCGAGUCCAGGCUGCCGGACUCGUGUUUGGACCCAUGUCUGAUCUGUCAGUCCCGGCCGAAGAACGGCUGCAUCGUGCACGGGCGGACCGGACACCUGAUGUCCUGCUACGUGUGCGCCAGGAAGCUGAAGAAGAGGAACAAGCUGUGUCCGGUCUGCAGGAUGCCCAUCCAGUCGGUGGUUCUCACCUACCUCAGCUGAGACAGGCGUCCUUCAUCUGUCCACAACUACCUCACCUCCAGACACCUGGAGCAGAGCACAGGAACGUUCUCCAUGUUUCUCAGUUCAAACCAGAAAUCUCAACUUAUUUCAGCCUGCAAACCUGCAGUUUAUGAACACAUUUGUGCAUUAAUUCCUUCAUUUUAAUGUAGAGAUUUAGAAAAUGGUUUAUAAUUUAAGAGAUCUGCCAAAGUCAAUGAAAAAAAUGUUUUCUAGUUAAAGCCAAUAAACAUUAUUUUUCAGUUUUAGUUUUUCUCCUCCUAAAUAUUAUUCAGGAAAUAAUGUUCUGAUGGGAGAACUUGUCAGCUGUGGUUCUGCUCUGGUUUUACAGAUGAACUUUAAACUAAGGGAAAUUAUUUUGUUCACUCUGAACUUCACCUCAUUCUUUAAAAACGUCUCGUUUGUUUUGCUGUGGAAAAUGUUUGACGGCUCCUUUAAAUCUCAUGUGGGUUUAUAUUCCUGCCCUUAUAUCAGCCUUUUCAGAAAAGUUUCCUCGAAAUAAAGUAAACCUCUAUAAUGAUUAAUUUAUAGUACAUUUAUUUUGAAAGGAACUUCUGUUUAUGUUGUAAAUCUAUUUUCGUGCCCACAUGGUUUACGGUUAUUUCCAGGAAGUUUUUAACUAUUAGAAAUGCUACAUUUAUUGCCAUAACAAUGCAUCAGAUGACAUCUGUAUUUAUUUAUUUAUUCAACUCUUUUCUAAGAGCUCUUUAAAUAAUAAGAUGGGUUUCAUGAAGAUUUCUAAUGUUUUUCCUGUUUUAUUUUUCUUGAAUAAACCUUUAAUUCUAA